CUCCCGCCCCCAAGUUGCAGGAUUGGUGGAGAAUUCAGUUUGGGCGCGGUAACGUGACCCCUGCGCUGCGUGUAAGGUGUUUGAAUAUCGUGGCGCGGAGGUUGAUUUCAGUUCUUGUAGCAACAUGGCAAAAGAAGCUCUCAAAACUGGGAUUACAUUGAAAGGCAGUGCCGAGAUAGUAGCGGAGUUUUUUUCCUAUGGUAUCAAUAGUAUUUUGUAUCAGCGUGGAAUUUACCCACCCGAGACCUUCACACGAGAGCAGAAGUAUGGCUUGACUAUGUUGGUAACAACAGAUUCAUCUCUUAAAGAAUACCUGAAUAAAGUGGUGGAUCAGCUAAGAGAUUGGCUGUAUAAUUGCACGGUUCAGAAGCUAGUGGUAGUGAUAAAUAGUAUCGAAAACGGCGAAGUUCUAGAGAGGUGGCAGUUUGACAUAGAGUGUGACAAGACUAUGAAAGAAGACAGUGCACCAAGAGAUAAAUCAGAGAAAGCUAUACAGGAUGAAAUUAGAUCUGUUAUUAGACAAAUCACAGCUACAGUGACAUUUCUACCUCUCCUCGAAACUGCAUGUGCUUUUGAUUUAUUGGUAUACACAGACAAAGACUUGCAAGUUCCAGAAAAGUGGGAGGAAUCAGGACCUCAGUUUAUUUCUAAUUCGGAGGAAGUUCGUCUUCGUUCUUUCACAACUACCAUCCAUAAAGUCAACAGUAUGGUGGCUUACAAAAGAACAAACUCCUUCCAGUGAAAACUGCAAAAAUAUUUUGGCAAGAAUACUUAUAUGGGACUGUACAGAAGAGAAAUUUUUAAAGGUAGUGAAAGCUUGGAACUUGUGGUUUUUGAUCGUUUUCCUGCCGAGGUUCUGUGCUGAACCAUAUGACUGCAUACUUUGGUAUUCUGUGCUGAAGCUACCAUCAUUUGCUGUCUAGUACCAACUACCACAGAACAGUAGCAGCUGCAGUGAAAAAUGUCCCCAACUGGGACUGGUAAAUCCUAGGAAUAAUUUGCAAGUGCAGCCCUUGUAACUUUGAUCAGCUUAAGCCAGUUGAUCUGAAUCUAAGCAUCACUUACAAGGAAUUGAAUAGGACUUUUAUGGUGGUCUUUUUUUCUGUUCUUGCUGUAUAAAUGUUUUUAUAUGUUGUGUAUGUGUAUAAAUAAAGUCUAAUGUAUGUCCUUUUUUCACUUGA